CCCUUCCUCAUCCUUUCUUUCUCAGGCAUCAGGCCUGAGACCAUAUUCUAGAAAGAGAGGACGGUCUGAGUCUGGCUCUGGCAUCAAAGGGGAAGCUGAAAUGAUCUCCUUCUCAUGGGCCUUCCUGACUUGAGAGGCAGGCUCUGAUGUCUAGACUUGGGAUCAGGGGUCAUGGCACCUUAAAUACCUUCUGCCCUGAGGUGUUUUCUCCAUUCAGACCUGUUUUUUCCAUUCAGAAGCCUGAGUAAGGUCUAACAGUGACUGUUUAGAAGGUGGCCCCACAUUCAUCCUCCACCUUCAUCUUCUCUAAACUCCUCAUGACAGGCAGGCAAAAAAAUGGGCAUCUUGCUCCAAGGGGUUUCCUUGGAGUUGAAGAGAUGUGGGCCAGGCAAUUGUUCUAAUGAGGAGAGGACUUAUUUCUGCACCCAGGAUGGCCAGGUAGAGGGCUCUUGGGACUUGCUGUGUCCUGCUAGGCAUGGAAUCCAGGCCCAGGAAUGGAGGUCUGCAUCUUCCUCUGUGCCUACAGCUCGUAGGCUAUCAGGAUUAGAGGGUAUUGAGCCAUCAUCUGGGUGGAAUUUCCUUCCCCCUGAUAUCUGACCCUCCCGGUUACACGUAGUAUGUAUGAGGGCAUCUCCCUUUUUUAAUUCCCAUGGAAAAAUUUUCUAGUUGCUGAAAAUGUACUGAAACUGUAAAAGAGACAUGAGUCAGCGACAUACAUGGUAAAACAGAAAUCACAGUUCUACUCUGAAUUUUUCCUCAAUGUGAACCUAAAAACAACUAUCAGCACUCUCUCUUGAGAUGAGUUGGACAGGAGUCAAUAGCAUCCCAAGGUUAGGGAAAUAGCGAUGCCUUGGAACAGAGAGAUGCUCCUGGAGUAAAGGACAGGUGCCUAUACUCUGGAGCAGGAGUGAUGGGCAACAUGCGUCCUUCAUCAGCAUCCCUGCAAAUUAUUUAUCCAGCCCCUUCCACAGAGGUGGCUCUUGCCAUUCUUCACAGGGGAUCAUUUUGGCUUCAGUCAUCUAUGAGAAAUUUUCACAUUCAUUUUCAUAUGAAUUAAAAUCUGCCCAUCUGCCCUUCUGAGUUACCUGUUUGGGCCUCGCUCUGCCGGCUGCUGCCUGAGGAUCUGCUGGGCAUCCUCCUUCAAGACUGUGCCUCAGAGUUCAAUACCUCCCCUCCCCCUGAACACUCCUUUCUCCAAAGGUUUCUUCCAGAGCGUGGUUUCUAGAGGGCUCCUUGUCCUGCAUCCCCUCCUCUGGGUGUCUCCUGUAAAGAGCAGGGCCCGAAAUGUGACCCAAAGCCCUAGGUCAGGAAUGAACAGCACAGCGUCAGCAGAACCUCCUGGCUGGAGAUUUUCUCCUCUUGGUUACUUGUGUGGGAACAGAGCUGCUCGCCCUCUUCGUCCAGCUUUGGCUCCUAGCUGCAAUACCUCCACCCCUCAGAACAGGGGACACUCAGAGCUGGCAAUGAGGGUCCCCUGGCUCAGUGGAAAGAAUGAUUGUGGCACUGCCAGACAUGAUCCCAUCUCCCAUCUUGUAAUGGGGUCAGGAUGGCUUUUGGACCAACCCCCAGGGAUAAGUGCAGCCCCUCCAGUGCCUUGGUGCCAGUGAAGCUUUCUCUUUUUUGUUCAGUUAUUUUUUUCUCUUCAGGAUUUUCACUUGUUAAAAGCAGAGCCUCUUCUUCCCUCACUGCACCCUCUGUGAUCUGUGCAAGCCACUUCCCCUCUGGGAAUCUCAAUUUCCCCUUUUGAAAUAAGGGCAAUUGUACCUGCUUCACAGGUUGCCACUUGGAUUAAAUGUAAUAACUUUAGACAAAAGGCUGACCUUGUCUGGCACAAAUUAAAUAUAGGUACCUGUUUCUUUUUUUCUUCCUGCAGAGCCUUUCUUUCUAUACUGUGCUAGUUCCCACCCCACUCAGCCUGAUUUCUAAGCUCCUAGUUUCUAGAAACUAGUUUCUAGUUAGACUUGGGGCAAGAAUGUUCCAAUAGGGGUCUCACUGACCAUCUUGGGCCACCAUUUCCAGGCUCAUGAUGUCAGUACAAGCUGAAAUAGGAGCCACUGAGGGCACCUGCUUCCUCGGUAAGAGAAAUGAGACCUGGUUUCUAUAAGCUCUGAAGGACUUUGCUCUGGGAUGGUUCAAGCAGUGUCCUGAGGCUUAGCAACCCAAAGUAGAAUCCCAGAAACCUAUACCUGGGCCUUCUGCCUUCCUCUUAUCUCUCUUACCUCUUUAAUAAGGUUUAAGUCCCUGAAAACCAUGGACAUUUUGCUAACAUGGAUUGAGAGAGUGGAGGUGAGAGAGUUUACGAUGCUCCCUGAUCCUUCAGAAUCCUUCAGAUCUCUUGGGAUCUGAUAGAUUCCUCACCAAGUCAAAACCAGAAUCAGAGCCCAGUCCUUCACAUCUCUCACCUCAUGUGGGGAGCAGUGUCUGGCACAUCUUCCCAUGUUGGUACUUCCCAGACGUGGGGUCAGAGACUGGAUUCUAGACCUGCCUUUGCCCCUAGCUUACUCUCUGACCUUGGACGUGGUGCUUACCUUCUCCAGACCUGUUUCCACAUCUGUGCCACGAGGGGCCUGAGUCAGAGCAGUGAUUUUAAAGGAGGGCGAUACCUUGGCACCCAGGCAGCCAAGGCCUCCAGCUCCAACAUGGCAGCCCGUAUUUGGCUUACAUAUUGAACUUCCAUUGAGAUUUUUGUGAAGAAAGUCUUCUGAGGCUGCAUGAUUAGAAUUCCAAUGGCCUUCUGGCUUUUUAAAAACAAUUCUGAAGUCUGUCAUUCCUCCUAAGUAUUGUUUGAAGGACUCUGGGAGAGAUGGAGGCCUGUUUUCUUGAUAGUUUGACAGUGCUACACUCUUGUUGGUGCUUUUGACCAAUGAUGACUCUUGGAUUUUUAGAUAUUUUCCUUCAGUGAUGUCUUCUGGUCAACCCUUUUCUACUCUUUCCAUGGAUUUUGUUAGGUUUCUCCAAGAAUAGGCCUUCGUAUUCUUUUCUUUGGGAAUGAACCCUGCAAAGUUCAAGCUAUUCAAGCCAUUGUGGUGACUAGUACUGAUCCCUUCAGCUGGAGAUUUGGCAUUUUUCAUUCUAAUCUCUUUCCUUCCCAGAAACUCUUAUAGAAAAGUCAGAUUUCAGGCUGUGGCCUAUGGAACUUAAUCCAGUGCUUUCCCUCUUGACAUUAGAUCAUAGUUGGGAUCCGUGUUCUAUAGGCUAUGAGAUAAGUUGGCAAGGAUCCCAGGCAUCCAAAAUCAGGCAGUCUUUUUCUGACUCUUAUCACGAACUAGUUGUGAUGUUGGGGAAGUCACUGACCUUCUGCAGGCCUCAGUUUACCCAUUUGCACGGUGAGGAAAUUGGACCAGAGGAUGUCUUAGGAGUUCUUUUUGCUCUAACAUUCAAUGAUUCCACGUGAUGUAAGUUACUUUCCUCUGUGACAGUGGCAGUUGUGUUAUUAAAAGAGGAAGAGGAAGAGUCCUGGCCCAUCCAUGGAUGUCCAUUGUCCCAUGAUUAACAUGGGGAGGGCGUGAGACCCCAUCCCAUUUUACCAAGUUGGGGUAGUGUUUAACGGGAGUUGGUAAAUAUUUGCAGGGUACUUUAAUGGGAAGAAGAUCUUUGAUGAGGCUGACUAGCAUUGUCAUGCCUUUCUCUCUCCCCAGCCAGUUCUGGGGGACAUGCUGACCUUUUGGUGGUAGAUUGGUCCCUUCUUACAGAGGAAAAAGUGACCCAUUCUUCAGGUGCCUGAUAUUUCAUGUUAACUCUUCUUGCUCCAAUUGAAACACAGGGUUCAGAGCAUUGGGUAUUUAUAGAAAGAGAGUACACUAGGCCAGAAGAACGCCUGAAAGUGGCCACCACGCAGCAGGAAGGAAGUAAGACAGGCCUCGAAGAUAUCCUUGCUGAUGGCAGACUCUCCAAGGUAGACAUCCUGGUGGACAAGUUCAAAGUUGAAGUGGCCACAGAAGAAACAGUGGGAGUGAGAAGAGCAAAUACCCAGCAACAAGGAAGAAUGAUCGCAAGUCCUGAAGACUUUGAGUCAGUAUGGGAGGAAGGCCCCUGGGUCAGGAAAGGCCCAGGAGGGGCCUCUCUGGCUGCAGGCUGCACCCCGGCAGAAAACCUCCUUGAGGGCUCCCAGUUGAGGGUGGGCACUGGGGAGGCAGCCAUCAAGAAGCGCUGGAUCUCAGGUGGUCAGCUGGAGGGCCAGAUGGAGCUGAGGAAGGAGCUGGAAGAGUUCCAGGCUUGGGGAAGACCCGCUGCCUCAGGAAGCAGGUCAGCAGAGGCUGAUGUCCCCUCUCCAGCCUCUGACAAGGGAGGACUCCAGUCGUUUCUGCUGGACCCAGCCCAGUCGGAAGCCAGAGGUGACUCAAGUGAUGAAACCGAACCUUCCUUUGCAGAGAGGAGCUUCUAUCUGAACUAUGGAGAGAAAGAUUCUGAAGACCAAGUCCUCCCACCACCCCUGGAAAAGAGGGAAGAGCACUCAGAUGCCCUUCCUGUUGAUGACACCAGGCUGGAGCUCUCAGACAAGCUCACAGAGAGCUCUGAGCUUAUUUCCUUGGACCUACAGGACUCUGCUGCAGCUUCCAGCAGGAACAAGGAUGAAGAGGGUAAAACCCACACAGCUUCCUUAGAGGAAGGGGCAGGGUCCCCCAAAAACCACGGAAGACCAGAUGGCCUGGAGGCGUCUGUUGAGCAGCUGGGGAAGGGACCUUCUCCAGAGCAGACAUUUGCUGAGGACUGGGAAGAGGCUGGGUGGGGGGUGGAAGGAGAAUGUAGCCACCCAGCAUCCAACAUAGUCACAGAGGAAAAGGCCGAGAAAAAUCCCCCCGCAGGAUGGAAGAACCACUCACCCCACAGAGGAGGGAGCAUGUGCCCAGACCUCCCAGCCUGCACCCUUCCGCAGGCCGUCCCUCCUAAUGAUGUCAGGAAGCCAGCCAAACCAGACAGAAGCAACUUCCUGCCUCAAGACAGGGGACUGGUUCACAUACAAACAGGAGAACCUGCGAUGGAGGACAGAAAGGCCUCAGCGUUUCUUCAGAUGGAGGUGAUCGCCCCCCUCCCGGCCUCUCCUGGUCCUUUUCAGGCUCAGGCAGCUCCAGAGGAAACCUUUCCAAGCCCAGCCCCUCGUGGGUCAGGGGAGCCUCUGCAGCUUUGGGAUCGGGAUCCUUUUGGAGAACAGUCUCCUCUGUUUCUUAAACAUGCCCAUCCUUUGAAAGAGAGCCCAGAGCCCAAGGACCGAAUAGGACCACUCGUGACCCCAAAUGGAGGUGAGCGCAGGGCACCUCCCGUUGCCAGCCGAAAGCCCAGAUUUGUCUCUGAAGAAGCUGAGGGCGCUGUACCCCCUUCAGGGAAGCAGAGAGAGAUGACCUCUUUCCAGGCCAGGGGCCAAGAGGGCUCCCUGGAAGAUAUUAGCAAGACCUCAGUGGCCAACAAAAUUCGGAUCUUUGAGACCCAUGGAGCUGAAACUCGCCGAGCAAGUCAAGGUGAAACAAGGACCCUAAUAAACGAGUUGUCUUCAGAGACCUCCACGGGUCAGGUAGAGCAGCAGCGGAAUAAGCUUUUGGACCUGGGCUUCGUCCAACUCCAGCCCCCAGGAGACUUCACUGGCCCCAAAGCCACCCAUUCCUCAGUAAUGCCACUGGCUACCAGACACUUCAGGGAGGACACAUCCCACCAGGAAGGAUGCACGGAACCGGUGUCCCCUGAUUCAGGCUGCGAAACAGCGCUGGAGGAAACCCCUGGGGGAGCUGGCCACAACAAAUCCGGAGAUGCGGUCAGGGAAGAGAAGCACAUCAGCAACUUAGCAGCAAACCCCCCUGGAAAAGGGGGGCGCCUGAGAUUCGCCAGCCCCUUGGGCCCUCAGGUCUCUGCAGCCCCUUGGUACCCUGAUGACCGCCUGGCCAGGGUGCAUCACUGCCUUAGAUUUCCACCUGCUCUGGCAGUGCCUCUCAUGGCAGCUCAACUCUCGCUUGUCUGGAAUGUGUCCUCACACCUCUCAACCUUCUAGAAACUGGCUAACAUGGAAGCUAAGUUUAGCAAGCGAAUCUCUAAGUGCACUGAAUCUCUAGAGCCUGAAGCCAACUACUUUAAAAUAUUUGGUGGGUGUUAGAUUGGGCUUUAAAAAGAAUGUCAUGCAACAGCCAAAAAUGUGCAUGUGGUGUUUAAUCCCCGACAGGUCAGUUGAGAGGUAUGUAUGUUGGACAAGAGUUGCUGGUCCCUCUCCGGCGUUUCCUUGGCCUGCCAUUGUCAAUUACACUGAUGGGACUAGAACCUCCACUCCGUGGCCUGCCUGCUAGCCCCUCAUGGAGCUCAGGGUGGAACUGAUAUAGCACCCAGCUCCCAGGAAUUAACCCUAUUGGUCCUCCCCCUAGACAAUACUGACCCCUCCCACAGAGACUCAGUGGAAUUGACAAACCAUGUUGGCUUCCUCUUUGUUUCUCAAAGCUCUCGGCUCCAGCCUCCCUGCCUUCCCAUCCUGGGUUUCCCCAAAUCCCUGGGUCUCCCUCCUUGGUUUCUGUCUCUCGAUGCCGACCUGCACGGAUGGGCCUGGGUCUAGGCUUCCAUCCCUGCCUUGCACACAAUGCUGCUUCUGAUAAGCUCCCAGACCCAGACCUUGGAUGGGGGCUUCCUGUCCAGAAUCAACUGGCAGGAUAUUUGCUUUGUACUUGCUUUGGCCAUCAGCGGGAGACCCUCGGAAGGAGCGUUCCCCACUCUUGAGAACUUUGCGGGUUUUUUUGUUUUUUGUUUUUGUUUUUUAAAGCUUGUUGUCAUGUCAAGGAACCUUCCCGGGAGUGUUUUUCAUUUCCUGACCUGCUCUUCUAUUUGAGACAUUGAAAUGGCCCCAAGUUUCUUCUGUCAUUCACCAUCUUGCUUUCUCUCUCUCUUCCCACCCCAUACCCCUGUUCCUUUGAUUUUUAUC